AUUGAUCUGGACCCUACAGAAGUUAAACGUGGAAGUGAAGCUAAACUUGGUAGGAAAAGGUAUCUUUUUGGUUUAGAAAAUAUGGGUCGGGAAUCGCGUCAUCGCCGGAAACGUAAAACUGAAAGAAAUAGUGAUUCCUUGGAUGGUGACAAACAUCGUUCUGCCUCUAGAAGUCCAGAAAGAAAAUCAAGACGAUCAGAUAAAGGGAAGCACAGAGACAGGUCGCCUGUUCCCUCUUCAACUAGUAAAAAUGAAACAAGUAUGUCAGUUGAAGAAACAAAUAAAUUACGUGCAUCGCUUGGUUUAGCUCCACUUGAACUUGAUGAUGGUCCUAAAGGACAGGAUCUGCAAGGUACUAGUACAGAAAAACUGUACAAAGAGGAUGGAAUGGAAUUCGUUCACAAAAAAGCAGAACAUUUGGGCGAUAAAAAGAAAGCCGAAGAAAUACGCGAAAAACUACAGGUUGCACGUCAUAAACGGAAGCUCUAUGAGAAAGUGCUAAAAGUUAAAGGAUUAGCAGAUUCAGAUUCUGAGGAAGGUGCAUCUGCUUGGGUUGAAAAAAAUCGUAAGCUAGAAGAAGAACGAAAAAGAGCGGAAGAAAGAGCUAAAAUAUUGGAUGAUAUGGAUGCAGAUUUUGGUGUCAAUGCAUUGAUAAGCGAACGUUCAGUUAAGCCAGAUUUAUCUGGUUUGAUUGUUGGACACGCCAGGGAAGAUUUCAUGGAGGGUGGGGAAACAAUUUUGGUUUUAGAAGAUAAAGGUGUACUGGAUGAAGGCGAAGAAGUACUUGUGAAUCCAAAUUUAAUCGAAGACGAGCGGCAUAAAAAAAAUUUAGAGCUGAAGAAAAAGAAAGGCCAUUAUGAAUCAUAUGCAGAAGAGUUUGAUGAAUAUGGAAUGCCGAAAGAAAAGAGUGUUUUAUCGAAAUAUGAUGAGGAUUUGGAAGGCGAAACAAAGAAGACUUUUCGUCUAGGUAAAGAUGGCAACGUUGACGCAAGUAAAGAAGCAGAAGAAUUAAAAAUGCGUCGAAAGCUUUUUAUGGCAAAUAAACAACUGGAGUCUUUGGAACCAACAAAAUACACGGUUGCCAGUGAAUUUUAUACGCAGGAAGAAAUGCUCGCAUUCCGCCGGCCCAAGUCAAAGAAAGAAAAAAAGUUACGGAAGAGAAAAGAAAAAAUACUAAAAGCUGAUGAUCUUAUUCCGGAUGAAGAUGCUUUAACCGAAAAUAUUGAAAGGUCAGAGAAGUUAGCCAGUCGAAAGCGAGUUGACGAUGAAUUGGCAGUAAAAGAAGAGGAAAAUCUUACUAAAAAUUCAAAUCUAGAAGAUGGUGAACUUCCUGAAGAAGAUGAGAAAAAGACCAAUUGGCGUGCUGCUGAAACAAGUGCUUAUGUAGAUUUGCAAAAUCUAAAUAGACUAAUCAAAAAAGUAGAAGAAGAAGAAGAUGAUGAUGAUGAUGAUGAUGAUGGUUUCAUAAUCUUCUUUCUAGAUUUCGUUAACGGAGUUGAUUUAUCAAACGUUGUGAUUGAAGAUGAUGCUGAAGAAGAGUUGACACAAAUGUUAGAUCGUACUCGCAGAUUGAAGCAAUAUGAAAUUAAGGCUGAUGAUAUUGAAAGUGAUGCCGCACUAAAGAUUCAUGAGCUGAUGAAGGAGCAUUCGAUAAAAGACGAGCCAAUAGAAUUUGAAGAUAAACUUCACAAAGUCGGCGUUGUUAUUGACUCGACGAUGGAAUAUUGUCGUAAUCUAGGCGAAAUUCCGACUUAUGGUUUAGCUGGAAAUCGACAAGAUUUAGAAGUUAAGGGUUUGAAUCAAACAGAUAUUGUCAAACCAGAGCUGAGAGAAGAGCAGAAAGAACGGGAUUCAUCCUCAGAACUUCAUCGGAUUCGUAAAAAGUUAGAGCAAGAAUCGAAAGGAAGGUGGACAGAAGCAUCAGUAUUUAAUUAUGGGGAUCAGAAACAAGGCAAGAGUGCCUUUGGAGGGAGCGAUGAAAGUGAUGAAGAAACACAUAACGUUCUUGGUGAAGAACGCGAUGUAACGAAAGGUGUUGCAGCAAUGUUGAAAUCCGCUGCCGAGAAAGGCUACCUAGAUACGGGAAAAGAACGUAAAGUAAAGGGACCAUCACUCAAACAUUUAGAAAGCAAACGUUUUUCGCAGAUUGAAAUUAGUCGAUAUGAUAUUGAAGAAAAAUACACGAAGAAAUUGGAAAGGAUGGGAACAACAGGUACUGGUCCUGUUCGACCAUUCCCAGAGAAAAACGAUUACAAACCUGAUAUACGAAUUACUUAUGUGGAUGAACGGGGCAAAGAAAUGGAAUCAAAAGAUGCUUUUCGUGUGCUUAGUUGGAAAUUUCAUGGUAAGGGACCAGGAAAGAAACAAAUUGAGAAGAGACAAGGGAAACAAGAAAAGAAAGAACUGAUGAAAAAGAUGAAUUCUAUGGAUACUCCUUUGGGAACUUUAAAUAAACAGCUUAAAAAGCAAGAAGUAAUGCAAACUCCAUAUAUUGUGUUGAGUGGUUCUGGAAGAGAUACAGGGUAUGUUGGUAAAGUAUAA